UUUAAAUCGUAAAAGAAAAAGAGUCAAAGUAGAAGAUAAUAAUUCUUCAACUAGUGAAGAAUUAAAUAUUAUUGUUAAUGAUGAGAAAGAAUUAGUUGAAAAUGAAGAGAUUAAUAACUAUGAAAGACAUAGUAAUUAG